GUGGUAUUGUUCUGGCGCUUGUUCCGUCUGAUUAGUCCAUUGGGAACUGCCCCUCUUCCGCCUUUCCACCUUUCUCUUAUCCUUUUGGCCUUCCAUUCAGCGGGGUCCAUGCGUCGCUUCUCUUCUACGCGGUUACCGCCGCUGGUACUAAACUCAGCGAAGAAGCCACCGCUUUCCUUCCCCUCCAGAAGUCCCCUCCUCUUCUCUCGUUCCUUAUCUGUCCCCUCUUCCUCUACGACUGCUACUUCUUCUCCCUCCUCCGCCUCAUCCCCCUCCGCAACCCGCUUAUCCGCCCGUCGUUCUCCCCUUUCCCAACUCUCCAAGCGUUACUGCUCCUAUCGCAGGAUGUGCCGUCGUGCUGACGUGCCUUCGGGCUCGACGAACAUCACCCAUGGCCGUGAGGUCCUGCCCACCAAUGUCAAGCCGGUCCAUUAUGACCUGACCUUGGAGCCGAACUUCGAGUCCUUCAAGUAUGAGGGUACCGUUGUGAUCGACCUCCAGGUCACCGAAGACACCACUUCCAUUUCCCUCAACUCCAACGAGAUCGAAAUCCACAAUGCCAUCGUCUCCGCUCAGGGUUCCGUGGUCACCUCCAGCCCGGAGAUCUCCGUCAACAAGGAUAGCCAGGUAGCUACCGUCAAGUUCGCCGAGACGAUCCCCGCCGGAUCCUCCGCGCAGCUGAAGCUCACCUUCACUGGCAUCCUCAAUGACAAUAUGGCCGGCUUCUACCGGUCCUCUUACAAGACGGCAAAUGGCGAGACCAAAUAUAUUGCUUCGACUCAGAUGGAGCCCACGGAUGCCCGCAGAGCGUUCCCCUGCUUCGACGAGCCUGCCCUCAAGGCCAAGUUCACUGUGUCUUUGAUCGCUGACAAGAGCAUGACCUGCCUGAGCAACAUGGACGUGGCAUCUGAGACUGAUGUCGAGGGCGGCAAGAAGGUUGUCAAGUUCAACACCUCCCCACUCAUGUCCACGUACCUGGUGGCUUUCAUUGUCGGUCAUCUGAACUACAUUGAGACGAAGGACUUCCGUGUCCCCAUCCGUGUGUAUGCUACUCCGGAUCAGGAUAUUGAGCAUGGUCGCUUCUCGUUGGAUCUGGCUGCUAAGACACUGGCGUUCUAUGAGAAGGCUUUUGACAGCACUUUCCCACUCCCUAAGAUGGACAUGGUCGCCGUGCCGGACUUCAGUGCGGGCGCCAUGGAGAACUGGGGCCUGAUCACCUAUCGUGUCGUCGAUGUGCUCUUGGACGAGAAGAACAGCGGUGCUUCGCGCAAGGAGCGUAUCGCCGAGGUCGUUCAGCACGAACUGGCUCACCAAUGGUUCGGAAACCUUGUCACCAUGGAUUUCUGGGAUGGUCUUUGGCUCAACGAAGGCUUUGCAACCUGGAUGUCGUGGUACUCUUGCAACAGCUUCUUCCCAGAGUGGAAGGUCUGGCAGACAUACGUCAUCGACAGCUUGCAGGGUGCAUUGUCCCUCGACUCUCUGCGUAGUAGUCACCCUAUUGAGGUGCCUGUCAAGCGUGCCGAUGAGAUCAACCAGAUCUUCGAUGCCAUUUCCUACAUGAAGGGCUCCUCUGUCCUGCGUAUGAUUUCUAAGUACCUGGGAGAGGAUGUUUUCAUCCAAGGUGUCCGUAACUACAUCAAGAAGCACGCUUAUGGAAACACCCAGACUGGUGAUCUGUGGGCUGCUCUCGCUGACGCAAGUGGAAAGCCUGUCGAGCAGGUCAUGGACAUCUGGACCAAGAAUGUCGGAUUCCCUGUGGUCACUGUGGCCGAGGAUGCUGCCAGCUCGUCGAUCAAAUUGACUCAGAACCGCUUCUUGCGUACUGGUGAUGUCCGCCCAGAAGAGGACACCACCCUUUACCCUGUCAUGUUGGGCUUACGUACCAAGCAAGGUCUUGAUGAGAACACCAUGUUGACUGAGCGUGAGGGCCAGUUCAAGGUACCAGACCUUGAUUUCUACAAGCUGAACGCUGACCAUUCUGCUAUCUACCGUACCUCCUAUACUCCUGAACGGCUCACGAAGCUUGGUGAGGCAGCCAAGCAGGGCCUGCUGACUGUCGAAGACCGUGCUGGUAUGAUUGCAGAUGCUGGUGCCCUCGCUUCGUCUGGUUACCAAAGCACCUCUGGUUUGCUCUCGCUUCUCAAGGGCUUUGACAACGAAUCUGAGUUUAUCGUGUGGAAUGAGAUCGUGGCCCGCGUUGGCACUCUCCGGGCUGCAUGGCUCUUCGAGGAUAGCCAAGCUAAGGACGCAUUGAAGACGUUCCAGCGCGCUUUGGUCAGCUCCAAGACUCACGAGAUUGGCUGGGAAUUCUCGGAGAAGGAUGGCGCCCAGGACAUGUUCCAGCGCUUCGCUGCGGGCGAAACCAGCGCCAUCCAUCCAAACAUCCGUGGCAGCGUUUUCAGCAUCGUUCUGAAGAACGGUGGCGAGAAGGAGUACGACGUCGUGUACGACCGAUUCCGUAAUGCUCCUACUUCUGAUGAGAAGACCACUGCUCUUCGCUGCCUCGGCUCUGCUGAAGACCCGGCCCUCAUCCAACGUACUCUGGGUCUUGCCCUCAGUGAUGAAGUUAAGAACCAGGAUAUCUACAUGCCUCUUGGCGGUCUGCGCAACCACACAGCGGGUAUUGAGGCUCGCUGGGCCUGGAUGAAGAACAACUGGGAUGCACUCUACAAGCGCCUGCCUCCGGGACUUGGUAUGCUGGGUACUGUUGUGCAGCUCACUACUUCCAGCUUCUGCACUGAGGCGCAGUUGAAGGAGGUGGAGGAGUUCUUCAAGGACAAGGAUACUAAGGGCUUUGAUCGUGCUGUUGAGCAGAGUCUUGAUGCCAUCCGGGCUAAGAUCAACUGGAUCAACCGUGACCGCUCUGACGUGGAAUCUUGGCUCAAGUCGAAUGGCUAUCUCCGCGACGGCAAGCUGUGA